AUGGCAGAAGGACAACAAGAAACCGGCACCAAGUGCUUCGUAGGCAAGUCAUCCCUCCUCCUUCGUAACCUCUCAUGGUCCACCACCUCAGAAUCUAUGCGAGGUGCAUUCGAAAGAUUCGGAGAAGUCACUGAUUCUUUCGUCUUGAAAGACAGGGAGACUGGUCGAAGCCGUGGUUUUGGUUUCAUCACUUUCGCAGCCCCUCAAUCUGCGCAAGAUGCUAUCGCUCAAAUGGAUGGCCAAGACCUAGAAGGUCGAAACGUCCGAGUCAACCUUGCUAACGACAAGGGUGACCGUGAUGGUGGAUCCGGUGGUGGAUUCCGUGGAGGUCGUGGUGGUGGAUUCCGUGGCGGUCGCGGUGGUGGCCGAGGUGGUUACUCCAACGACUCUGGCAACUGGCGACAAGGUGGCGGUGGUGGUGGAUACGACAACCAACAACAACAAGGUGGUGGACAAUGGUAA